GCCAGCGAUAGUCGUACAGUUGUGAUUUCAGGUGCGGGUUUAGUGGGCUGUAUAGCAGCAAUUGGCUUCGCUAACAAAGGCUGGAAUGUCCUUGUAUACGAGAGCAGAGAUGAUCCUAGAUCACCUUCACAGAUGGAGAAACUAUCUAGACGCUCUAUCAACCUUGCGAUAUCUUCCAGAGCACUUACAACUAUCAAAGCCAUAGACGGUGAGAAUGGUAAUCUCUAUCACAAUCUCGUGACGAAUGCAACGAUACCGAUGAAAGGACGCAUGAUACAUAUUACAGACGGUAGCUUAGAUAGCCAGUUAUACAGCAAUAAAGGAGAAUGUAUUUACGCAAUUGAUAGACAGAAACUAAACAAUGCACUCAUAAGUGAAGCUGAAAGCAUUCCAAACGUAUCUUUUAAGUUUAAGUCUAAAAUACGUGCUGUCAACUUCGACGAACGCGAGUUAUCUUACGAAACCACAGAAGGUUUGCAGUCUGAUAACAGAUGGGAUUUCAUGAUCGGCGCAGAUGGUGCGCACUCAGUAGUACGCAAUCAAUUAAUGAGAGUUAUAAGAAUGAAUUAUGCCCAAGAGUACAUCCCACAUGCUUACUUAGAACUCUCUAUACCACCUGGACCAAUCGAUCCAGAGACUGGCGAACCCAGCUUCUUAUUAGAUCCAAAUCAUUUACACAUUUGGCCUCGUCAGUCGUUCAUGCUUAUUGCACUCCCAAAUCAGGAUCACUCAUUCACUUGCACCUUGUUUGCUCCGUUUGAGAAAUUCACCGAGCUGGCUGAUAAUAAGGACAAUUUCAUCCAAUUCUUCCGUCAGGAUUUCCCAGACGCACUCAAACUUAUGGGUGAGGAGAGCGCAGCGGAGGACUACAUCAAUAAUCCAAAAGGAUCUCUUGUCACAAUCAAGUGCUCACCUUAUCACUACAAAGAUCGUGCAGUUGUACUAGGCGAUGCAGCACACUCGAUGGUUCCAUUCUAUGGACAAGGCAUGAAUGCUGGUUUUGAGGACGUCAGAGUAUUGUUAUCCUUGAUGGAUAGUGAGGGUGUUAGUAGCAGCAAGAAAGUAAAACAUGAAUCACUUUUGAAUUCAUUGAAUAGAUAUAGUGAAGAAAGAGAGCGUGAUCUGAAGAGUAUAGUAAAUCUCGCAAUGGGCAACUAUGUGGAGAUGAGAUCUAAAGUGAUAAACCCUAUUUAUUUACUUAGAAAACAGAUAGAUGGGGUGCUCAAUAAAGUUUUCCGACCACCUUCCGUGCCAUCAGCUAACAUUUUAGCUCGUACUACAUUCCCAACGGCUGCUAAUAGCGGCUGGAUGAGUCUAUACGAGCUGGUCACAUUCCGCCCAGAUAUAUCGUAUGCUGACGCAGAGGAAAUAACAAAGAAGAGGGACAAGAAGCUGAAGAAUUACACGAUUUUAACAGCAUUUACUGUCGCUACGAUCUCAACCAUAAAAAUUUACAAAUUACUGAGGGACCCUCGCUGACGAUUUCGUUCCUGCUUAAAGUUCAUUGUUCUCUAAAAUAAAUGUGACAAAGAUGAAUAUUAACU